CCCCAACAUCGCUACAGACAAUUGAUUCACCAUGAAUCACCUCAGACAAACCUUUGCCCAAUGCCAUCAGGAAAGCCGUCCAGCACUGGUCACGUACGUGACGGCCGGAUUCCCCACGGCGGAGGAAACCCCGGACAUCAUGCUGGGCAUGCAGGCCGGAGGAGCUGAUAUUAUUGAACUAGGCCUUCCUUUUACCGAUCCCAUUGCAGACGGUCCAACCAUCCAGAAAUCGAAUUUGAAGGCCCUCGAAAAUGGGGUCACAAUCACCUCCAUGUUGGAGAUGGUGCGGGAGGCCCGACGGAAAGGGCUCACGACGCCAGUGCUCUUCAUGGGCUACUACAACCCGCUCCUCCGCUACGGCGAGUCCAAAGCCUUGGCCGACUGCAAAGACGCGGGUGUCAAUGGCUUUAUCAUCGUUGAUCUGCCUCCGGAAGAAGCAGUUCGAUUCCGCAAUGGUUGCGCAAAGACGGGCCUCUCCUACGUCCCUUUGAUCGCCCCCUCCACCACGGAAGACCGCAUGAGAAUCCUCUGCAGCAUGGCCGAUUCUUUUAUUUAUCUCGUCUCCCGCAUGGGCGUCACGGGCGCCACCGGGUCCCUCAAUUCGCAACUUCCCGCCCUCAUCCGACGCGUCAAGGAACUUUCUGGCAAUAUACCCGUGGCUGUCGGGUUUGGAAUCAGCACGCGCGAGCAUUUCCUGAGCGUGACCUCCAUCGCCGACGGCGCUGUCAUCGGCAGUCAGGUAAUUAAGAUCCUCGCUGACACCCCAGCCGGACAGGCCGCCCGGGCAGUCGAGGAUUAUUGCUCGCAGAUCACACAAAGAAAUGUCGCUCGGGAUGAUGGUGUCUCAACGGGUGAACCUUCUGCAGCUACGGAGACGAAUGCGGUCGCUCAGCUGGUCGAGGAAAAGGCGGCUGCGACGGACGCACCAGGGCGGUUCGGUGCCUUCGGGGGUCAAUACGCCCCAGAAGCCUUAACCACUUGUCUUGCCGAACUCGAGGCUGGUUUCCAGGCCGCUCACGAUGAUCCCUCAUUUUGGGAGGAGUACCGAUCGUACUACCCUUACAUGGGUCGUCCCUCCAGCCUGCACCUGGCUCAGCGCCUGUCCGAGCACGCAGGCGGCGCGAAUAUCUGGCUGAAACGGGAGGACCUCAACCACACGGGAUCGCACAAGAUCAACAACGCUCUGGGCCAGAUUCUGAUCGCUCGUCGGCUGGGAAAGACAGAGAUCAUUGCUGAGACCGGCGCGGGCCAGCACGGCGUCGCCACUGCGACUGUCUGUGCCAAAUUCGGCAUGAAAUGCACCAUCUACAUGGGUGCGGAGGACGUCCGCCGGCAGGCCUUGAACGUGUUCCGGAUCCGCUUGUUGGGAGCCACUGUGGUCCCAGUGGAGGCAGGGUCGCGCACGCUCCGGGACGCCGUAAAUGAAGCCUUCCGCGCAUGGAUCGUACGCCUAGAUACCACGCAUUAUAUUAUCGGAUCCGCGAUCGGACCGCAUCCCUUCCCGACGAUGGUUCGCACGUUCCAGCGCGUGAUCGGCGAGGAGACAAAGGCCCAGCUGCGCGACCUGGGCAAGAGCCCGGAUGCCGUGGUCGCUUGCGUCGGGGGCGGCUCCAACGCAGUCGGCAUGUUCUAUCCGUUUGCCCAGGAUGCCUCCGUCCAGCUGGUGGGCGUGGAAGCCGCCGGUGAUGGCGUGGACACGGAACGACAUUCCGCUACGUUGAGUGGAGGCUCGGUAGGGGUUUUGCAUGGUGUUCGGACGUAUGUUCUGCAGAAUCAGCAUGGCCAGAUCUCCGAGACGCAUUCGGUCUCCGCGGGGCUGGAUUACCCUGGAGUCGGACCGGAACUGGCUCAUUGGAAGGAAAGCAACCGGGCGACGUUUCUUUCGGCCACUGAUGCCCAGGCCCUGCAGGGCUUCCGACUGCUGAGCCAGCUGGAAGGCAUCAUUCCUGCGUUGGAGACAUCCCACGCGGUUUGGGGAGCGAUUGAGACCGCCAGACAGCUGGGGCCCGGCAAGGAUAUUGUGCUGUGCUUGAGUGGCCGGGGGGAUAAAGACGUGCAGAGUGUGGCCGAUGAGUUGCCCAAGAUUGGACCUCAGAUUGGAUGGGACUUGCGGUUUUGAUAGCUUAAAUAGGUGCUGUGCAUUCUCCAAAACAAUGGAAUAGAUACUUGGC